GUCCUCAUCGACUACCGUGCCCUUCAAACCAGAACAGCAGCGCCUGCACCAUGCUUGCUCACCCAAUUCUACGUUCCGCGCUCAUCUCCGGCUGUUCUAAUGCCGCCGGCGACCUGCUGUGCCAGUGCAUACGAGCGCGAGCGGCAGGCAACAAAGAGAUGAGAGUGAACUGGCAGCAGACGGCAUGGUUCGGAAUUGUGGGUCUCACGCUACACGGCCCAUACUUCUACAAUGCCUACCGAUGGCUGGACACUCGCUUUGGAACCGCUGCAACGCUGCAAAAGGCCCUCGUGAAAACAGCGGCAGGGCAGGUGACAGUCUUCCCAGUCUACAUUGCAUCUUUCUUCGGCUACAUGGGACUGUUGGAAGGCCUGUCCCCAGCGCAGUGCGUGAGCAAGGUGCAGCAGGCGAUGGCGCCCACCUUCAUGACGGGCUGCCUCUUCUGGCCUGUGGCCAACACCGUCAACUUCAUGGUGGUGCCGCCCACCGGCCGCGUCCUCUUUGCCAACGGCGCCGGCCUCAUCUGGAACUCCUGGCUCUCCUUCGAAAACAGCACCAAGGGAGCGGUGGCGGCGGCAGCGCCGGGCGGCAGCGGCAGCAAGCGCUGAUGUACGGCCGAGGCUUUAAUUCGACUCCCUGACUUGCACUCCCUGAUUUCAUUCACUUGCAUCCCUUCCUCUGCCGACCUUCCUGUCUACUGCACUUCCCUGCCUCCCUGGUGCAUCCGUCUCUUACAAUGCUGAACUGCCAAAUUCUAUUCCAGGCACGCACUCCUCCUGUAAACGGCCCUGUGGCACGC